AUGAUAACAAGAAACUUACCACAACGACUUUUUGAUACUGAAUUUCGAAGAUUAGCGAAUAUUGUUAUCGAACCAACUGAUCACAUUAUACCGUCACCUAUCGUAUAUCAACCAUUACAAUUUAUCAUGGCUGAAAAAACUAUCGCUUCCAUCAUUAAUAAAUCAUUAGAACAAACAAAAAAGUUUUCUGGUAAAGCAGAAGAAGAUGCUGAUGAAUGGAUCAAAGAUUUAAUGUCGAAAUUUAAUAUGGCUGAACUCACAGAACCUCAAGCAUUGAAAAUUAUUCUAAAUUUUCUGGAUGGACCAGCUAAAGACUGGUAUAAUGAAAAUAACGCACAAUUUGAAUCAUGGAGUGUGUUUAAAGCUGAAUUUAUCCGUACUUAUUCGUCUCCAGCAACAAAACAAUUAGCUUCACAUCGUCUUCGUACUCGCCAACAACGUGUUGAUGAACCUAUUAUUGAAUAUUACAUUGAUGUUAUUAAAUUAUGUAAACUCGUUGAUCCAAACAUGACUGAUGCCUCAAAACUUGAUCAUUUAUGCCAUGGUUUAAAGUUAUCUUUAAUGCGUGAAGUAUUACGUCAUACACCACGUACUCCUGCUGAAUUUUUAGAAUACGCUAAACAGGAAGAAGUUCUUGAUUCCUUAGUCAAUACAUUAUUCAAUUCAACUACUCAUGAAGACAGACGUGAUAUGUACUCCGCUAAUUCAUUCACAUCAUCACCACAAAUGUCUGUUGUUACAUCUUCGUCACGAUUUCCUACACAAGAUGUACGUUACAGUUCACAACCUAAUCGUCAACAAGAAUCAUCCUCUUCUUCACAAUAUUCACUCUUUAAAUACUCAACGAUAUCAGUCGUACGUGAGGAAAUGGAAAGAGAAUAA